AACUUAUCUCCUCCACAACCUUCAAUCCUUCAGCUUUUUUUCGACAAACACCAACGUCAAAUCCGCCAAGUAAGUACAUUCUUUCCCAGCUUGAACUUAGGUGGUUGCGCAUUCAAGGACAUACGCGCGGCCAUCUUGUAUAUUUCGAUUACCCCGCGAUCACGAUAUUCAUCGACUUGCUCCGUUGGAGCUUGGAGAAUAUUGCGCGCCGCCCACCAUCUUGCGCAUCGUUCAAUUUGCAUAACCAUCCAGACAACCAUAUAAUAACAUCAAUUCUCCAGGAUGCUUAUCCCAAAGGCCGACCGUAAGAAGAUCCACGAGUACCUCUUCCGAGAGGGUGUCCUCGUCGCCAAGAAGGACUACGAUCUUCCAAAGCACCCCGACAUCGACACCAAGAACCUCUACGUCGUCAAGGCCUGCCAAUCCCUUACCUCGCGAGGAUACGUCAAGACCCAAUUCUCAUGGCAAUACUACUACUACACCCUCACCCCUGAGGGUCUCGACUACCUCCGCGAGUGGCUCCACCUCCCCGCUGAGAUUGUCCCAGCUACACACAUCAAGCAACAACGAUCCCACGCACCUCCUCGUGGUAUGAUGGGUGGUGAGGGUGAGCGUGAGCGCAAGCCAUUCGGUGGUCGUGGAGGACGUGGCGGUGGAGACCGUGGUGACCGUGAGGGAGGUUACAGACGUCGUGAAGCCGGUGGUGAGGGUAAGGAGGGAGCCCCAUCCGGUGGAUUUGCACCUGAGUUGUAAGUUUUACCCCUUAUCAUCUCCUUUCCCAAAUCCAAAACUAAUCUUUUUCAAUAGCCGUGGCGCUGGUAUGGGACGUGGUCGUGGAGCUCCUCCUUCUUAAAUGGAGACCUUCUGAAUUACUAGCUUGUAAUUGCAUCCGACAGAAAAAAAAU